ACCUUUCCCACAUUGUCCUUUUCUUGACGUUCUUGCGGGACACUUUUGCUUCAGUCAAACUCCUGCCGCCCAUCUACCGAAUCAGAAACCAUGGUCUUGCGACAGUGUACCGUAUGUGGACGUCGCUUCACCAAGACCGAACACUUCAAACGCCAUGAACGCUCACAUACUCGAGAACGUCCAUAUCCUUGUACGAUAUGUGACAAGGCUUUCUCUCGGAGCGAUGUCUUGUUCCGUCACAUGAAAUGUCAUGCUCAGAAGAACGAUAAGAAUGCUACCACCAAAUCGGCCUCUAGUCGCCGAAAUACAAUCUCAGAAGGCGUCGCUCCUCAGCCUCCUCACAAUGACCUCGACAUAAAUUCGCCGUCGGCCCUCCUCAACGGCACUAGCAACGGCAUUCCUCUGAUGCAAAUCCUCUCUCCUUCAAACUAUCUCCCUCCAAGCAAUGACACCACCACUCCCCAACCGACCAGACAUUCGCUGGACAUGUCGAAUCCCUUCGUCGACCCCUUAUCUACCACCAACCAAUCCCCUUCACUCAACGUGCAGUUGUCGAAUACGAACUGGGCAAUCCCUCCUCUGAACACCACGAAUAAGCCUGCCCAACCUUCACAGCCCCAGAAGCAGUCCCCUUCCCAGCUAAGUGGUGGCAACUCGACGUUCGAAACAUCGGUCACUACCCCUGGAAAUGCUGUACAAACUCCUAGAUCUGAAAUCGCCCCGAAUCAGUUCACCGACAACCACAUUGAAUGGCUCCCUCCCUCGGAUCCCAACCAAGACAACUUCCAUGACCCCUUCCAGAUGUGGUUGUUCCCGUCCUUGGGCGACCUCGAUCAAUCACCCGACUUCCUCCAGACCUAUGGCCUGGGAGAUGCAGCACAUCAAUUUGCCGACGUCAAGGAAUUAACAAAUGGAAUCAUACUCAACCCUCCAGACCGCACAAAGACUAUCGCUAUCGUCCCGAGAGAACGCUUUUCCAGAGUUGAACGCUGUUGGGGUCCUCGUCCCGGCCGAGUUCAUCGAAUAAUGCCAGUCUUGUGGAAAGAGGUGGCCUCUUCACACAUGGAUAACCUAUUCUCUGAGUCACCUUUAGCACCGGACGAUUUCAGAAUGACCUCGAAUUGGGGUUUAGACACCGACUGCAGAGUGCGACUGCGCGAUUCCUUCCGUACUCCUGCACCUUCAGUAUUCCACUCACCAAAGUUGCAACCAGUGCUGGACCCAGUCCUGUCUCACGGAAAUGCAGAAUUCCCUCCUGCCGAAAUUCUAGACAUAGCGCUUGGUCUGUUCUUCCGCAGAUUUCACCCAACCGUCCCAUUCAUCCAUAUGGCCACGUUUUUUGUCCGCAACACACCGACCCCGAUGCUAUUUGCCAUGUGUCUCACUGGCUUGAGCAUCCUGGGCACAACUGGGGCCACCAAAUUCGUGGCUAGGAUGUUCCCCAGCUUCCUCCAACGCGUUUCUAAUGAUUUGUCGGCCUGUGCAGCAAACUCUGCGGCGCCAACGCAGCAGAUGGUCAUUUUUGCGACGGCACUGCUGACCCUCAAUCUCUCUGUCAUCACUGGCGACAGGGACUCUUUCAAUCAAAGCCAAAUGCUCUAUGUCAGUCUGAUAUCUAUGGUCCAGCAGAACGGCCUUUUCGCUGCCGGCGACGGCCAAUCCCUGGAUGCCUUGUUAUCUGAAAUGUCCGAGUCAGACGACCGCUGGAAGGCUUGGAGUCGCAUCGAGUCGGCCAAACGUCUCAUUCUCGGUUUAUUGCUGGUGGACUCAUGGUACUCGAACCUGCUGUCCAAGGCUCCCAUUGUCCGAUCCGAAUCGGUCUGUGUCGUAGCGCCGUGUGAUGAAGCGCUCUUUCAGGCCAAAUCUGCCACGCAAUGGCAGUCACUCUUACGCAGUGGCAAGAGCCAAAGCGCGCCCACUUUCAAGAUUGAGGAUCUGCACAGACACGACAUGAACCCCAUAGGUCAGCUAGGCUAUCUCGGCAGAUCCAGUCUCUUGGCUCUACUCCAGAUUCAGAUGCUCGAAGCUUACCAGCGUCUCAUGCCACCGGACCAACUGACCAUCGGCUCCUUUGUGCCUUGGCAGAUAUACUCUGGCGACAGUCGCGCCAGUACAUUGGUCCCGGCUGUCCUUGCGGCGACAACUUCAGUCGGCCCGUUGUCCAAGACCGACGACACGAAUUGUAUUGUGUUAUGGCACAGUCUAUGUGUCAUGCUCCUCUCCGAUUUCCGCAUGUUCGAGCUCGCGGCCGGUCGUCAUGGCGCUGCGCCCGCGACAGGCGCCCUCGAAAGUAUCGGCCAAUGGUCGCAGACGCAAUCUGCGCGUCGGGCAUGCGUGCACGCCGCCCAGAAUUUCAGAUUGAUGUCCGAACGUCGCGUCUCGGAUAACGUCACGAUUCACUCUGUUACCGCGCUGUUCGCGUCCGCCCUCGUGCUGGGACUGUACUUGUUCAUGGUGACGCCUGGGUCGUCUAGACAGGGUACCGCGCCUGUCGAAAUCAUCGAGACGGAGCCUGAUUGGGCAGAGUUACAUGAUUUGGGGUUUAAGGAUGAGACCCUCGAGGCUGAGCGCAACUUGACGACAAACAGGGAGGACGAGCAGUUUUCUCAGAUCUAUCAGUUUAUCAAGCAUGGCGGGACCGUGAGUUUGCAUGGCGUCGCGCACCAGGGUGGCUAUGAGAGUGCGAGGCGGGUGUUGUUGGAUUUUGCCAAUCUUAUGGAUGGUAUCUCCGGGCGGAGGCUGAGGACGUUCACGCAGGUUUUGCAUAUCAUGAGCGAUGAUUUGAUGAAUGUGGAUCCCGGGCUGUAGAUAUCAUGGGUACGAGAUUGAACGGUGAGAUGGUGAUAUGCCUGUCCUCGUACACAGAACCCAGCGUCUGAAUGUAUUUGACAUGUGUGUGAACAUGAAAAGCCAUCACCGUCCCUUGGUCUGGCAACAAUGCACGCAGUCAGCCUGGCAGGGCACGCACGUAGCUACCGUGGCCUCAUUCAUCGGCCAGAGUCCUGCCUAUCCCGUCAACUCUAUCUUCUGCCGUUUG